UCGAGCGUGGGCGAGGAUGUGCAAACGGUGGUGCAGAAUCCGAUUUAGGGCUUCGCGAGAGAGAGAGAGAGAGAGAGAGAGAGAGAUUCAUUCACUUCGUGGUGUGUGUGGGGUCUGAUUGCAUUGCAGUGUCGUGUUUGUGAUGGAAUCUCGCACAGCAAAUUUGGUGCUCCGCCUUUUGCAGCGCCAUCUCCCCGUCCCUUGGCCUGCCGUCAAGCAAAGCCAGCUUCCUGGUCUGCUCCCUCGCGUCCCUCUCUCUUUUGAUGCGCCUCGGAAGGGUAUGGUAGCGGCGGGGAAGAGGUUCUUGGAUUCUUCUCCGGCAUCGCAGUGGGAGUCCGGGGUGUCUUUUCCGAACUUGGUGAGAAACAGCUACGGGAUAUUUUUCAAACAACCCGAUUCGCCGUUUCUGUCGUUCGAUCGGGCGAGUGAUGCUGCCAGGGUUCGGGCACAGGAUGCGACAAAGCUCUCUAUAGAUCGAGGUUCGGAUGCUGAGCCUUCGAAACCUUCGUGGGAUUUUGAAUUAGGGCUACGGUUGAAAUCAGGUAUGUACAUGCCCACGCAGCACGAGGAGGGAGAGGGCUGGGAAGCUAGUAGUGUGAAGCGCAAGAGGAAGAAGAAGAUGAAUAAACACAAGCAGAGGAAGUUGAGAAGGAGGGACCGGCAUCGUAAUUAGGUUGGCGCGUUGAUCAUGAGCUUGCGACAUGUGAUUGCAGAUUUGGACGAGUGAUCACUGGACAGAAAUUGCUGAACCAGCUUCGAAGCGUGCUCGUGGUACCCCUUCAAUUCUUGAAGUAGGCUGCCACCACUUUUGCAUAGUGGUUGAGCCAAAGUAGAGACCUCUUUCUUGUGUUUUUCUCUUCAUGAUCAUGAGCUGAUCUGUUCACCUAAUCUAUGGAAGAGGCUGUAAGGUCGAAUUCUAUUAUCUCUCUUCUGA